AUGACUCACCCACCUCCCCUGCCGUCGGCUGCACAGCACCAUCAACAGCCGUCCUCAACCACCCCACUAAUCUGUUCAGCACAAUAUCCGUCUACCUCGACCCAUCACCCGUUCCCACAAAACACCAACACAGCCAUAUCAACUAUAUUCGCCGCAGCUCCUGCCCAAAAUCAAGCAACACCACGAUUUUAUGUGGCACAAGACGGUGCUGCGUUCGAUAACUGCUUCAUCUCGGUGGCACACCAACAACAACAGAAUUGCUCACAACAGCAGCAACACGUGAUCAAUCAAGAGUAA